CAAGAAAAAGAUGAUAGGCCAGGAAGACGAACUCAGUCACUCCUUGAUUGGAGAGGAAAGGAUGGUUGUGGAGAGGCCCAUCUACAACCAGGUGCAAUUCGACAAAGGAUUCGAGAGCGGGAAGCGGCCAGUGACUUUACCUCACACGUGGGCCAAGAAGAAAGUGAACAAGUUGUCGUGCUCAGGGAAAUGUGUAGGGAAAUUCAUCACCUCCUUGUUCCCCUUUCUGAGCAUCUUGAGGGGCUACAGUAUACGCCACGACCUCGUAGGCGACAUCAUCGCUGGACUCACAGUUGGAAUUAUGCACAUACCCCAAGGCAUGGCGUACGGCCAACUGUCAACGUUACCGCCAGUCUUCGGUCUAUACGUCUCCUUCUUCCCAGUGUUCAUCUACUUCUUUUUCGGUACAUCGAAACAUAUAUCUAUAGGAACAUUUGCGGUAGUGAGUUUAAUGGUGGGGUCUGUUGUGGACAAGGCCAUGACAUCUAAAGGCUUCACCAGUGAUCAGUUAGAAGCAUCAACCAAAAAGGAUGUCACAACAUUAGCGCCAAUGCUGUUUAACUUGUCUGAUGGCAACCUGACCUUCGGCAACGGCACCAAUGGCACCAACACUGGUGGAGACGCUGAGAUGGAUGCUCUUAUUCUCAGCACCAAACUCAAAAUUGCCAUGGCGGUGACAUUUGGCAUCGGAUGCAUUCAACUGCUGAUGGGUCUCUGUCGGCUGGGUUUUGUUACAGUUUACCUGUCCGAUCCCCUCGUUAGCGGUUUCACAACAGGUGCAGCGUGCCAUGUAUUCACAAGUCAGAUCAAACAUAUAUUUGGAGUUCAGAUGGGCAGAUACUACGGUCCUCUCAAACUGGUUUGGUCGUACCGAGACUUCUUCAUGAACAUCCCUCAGACCAACGCUGUGACCCUCAUCGCCUCCAUCAUCUGCAUCUUGAUGCUGGCGGUGGUCAAGGAGUGCAUCAACAACAACCCCAAAGUCAAACCCAAGCUCAAGAUGCCCGUGCCUAUAGAACUCAUUGUGGUUGUGCUCGGUACUGUGAUUUCCCAGUUUGCCUACCUGAAUACAAACUUUGACGUGAAAAUCGUUGGUGAUAUUCCAAUUGGCAUCCCUCCCCCAAAGGCACAACAGUUUGAGUACCUCCCUGAUGUCGUCAGCGAUGCUGUAGCUGUGGGAAUUGUUGCGUUUGCCAUCUCAGUGUCCAUGGCAAAGAUUCUGGCCAAGAAACAUGACUAUGAGGUUGAUUCUAACCAGGAGCUGCUGGCGUACGGCAUCGUCAACAUCUUCAGCUCCUUCUUCUCCUCUUUCUGCGCAUCAGCCUCACUCUCGCGUAGCUUGGUGCAGGAGGGGGUCGGAGGUCGCACUCAGGUUGCGGGGCUGUUCUCCAGUGCUCUCCUUCUCAUUGUGCUGCUGGUGGUGGGGCCAUACUUUGCCUCCCUCCCUAACUGCGUGCUAGCUGCUAUCAUCAUCGUCGCUCUGAAGGGCAUGUUCAAGCAGUUCUUUGAGCUGAAACGAUUAUGGAAAAUAUCCAUUGUAGAUUUUAUGGUGUGGUUAGUGACGUGGUUUGCUACAGUCCUCCUGGAUGUUGACCUCGGUCUUGGCGUCGGCGUAGGAUUUGCUCUCCUCACUGUUAUAGUCCGAUCUCAGAGGCCAUAUGCAUGUCUGAUGGGGCAUGUACCGGGCACAGAUCUUUACAGGGACAUCAAGGCUUACAAAGCCGCUGCUGAAAUCUCAGGAAUCAAGAUCUACAGGUUCGACUCUGCUCUGUUCUUUGCCAACACGGAACAUUUCAAACAGACUGUCUACAAGCUGGCAGCUGAUCCCAAAGCUCUGAAGAAGUCCAUCAAGAAAGCCAGGAAGCUACAGAAGAAACAGGCUGGCUCAGAGACACAGAUUGUCAAGGUAAGCCAGCCAAUGGCAUCAGUGCGUGAGUGAGUUUGGUUGUCACGCUGCUUUUAGCAAUA